ACUUGGCCACUGAACUGGAACACACACACUGGUCGUGACAGUACUUUUUUGCCUCUUUUAAUUUCACUCUGGGUGAACAUGCUAUUUCUUUACACUGAGGCAUAAUUUUGUCGUCGCAGUGUGUCCAUCUAAAAAACACAGAAUAUCUUCUUUCUGUCUAAGUACAGAAAGAAAUUGAACUUGGAAGUGGUUUUUUGUAGCAUGUUUAGCACUUAAUAUUUGGUCUAUUGUUUAGUUUAACUUCAAUAGAAUACUUAUUUCUGAAAAUGAAUGCAGGAGUAAUUAAGAGUUAUUGCGUCGCGUUACGAACUUUAUUUAUAAUUUUUAUUUUAAUCACACACUAUCAGCUGGAACCAUAUAUCAGGUCACGUCCAUUUUUCGGACUUGAUGAAGAAAGUUAUGGUUAUGACUACGAGGAAAGUUACGCUACCACCUCCUAAUUUGAUAACCAGUUAUCAAAUUCUACAAAACUUUAAAAAUCACAAACGUUUUAAUACCAUUUGCUCUGAGUUUCAUUUGUGACGUGUUUCUGAAAUGAAUUUGUCUUAUAACUUUGACGUUCCUCAACAGAAUCGAUAUUCUAUUUUAUUUUAACGAACGAAGACCACGGUAGUAGAAUGGCACAGAAACUCUCAGGAAACUUGACCGCGGUGAUGGCGAUGUUGCUGCUGGUGGCGCUGCCGGCGCUCUGUCUUCCGACGUCGGUGCUGGACUACGCAGGAGAUGGACACCGAGUGUCGCAGAGAGGCAAUCCGGGCCACAGCGUCUCCGGCUCUUACAGUUGGACUUCUCCCGAAGGCACGGAAUUUUUCGUGCGUUACGUGGCCGACGAAUUCGGCUAUCGGGUGGUCGAGUCGAACGCCUUGCAGCGGUCGGCCCACGGACAACUGGCGGACGGGAACCAAGUGCUCAGGACCGAUGACUCUAAACGAUCAGAGGUAGCAAUGCCGAGAGAGCAAAUUCCCGAAGCGAGCGUUAUUCCAGCGUCAACAGAGAAGGCUUAUGAGCCACAAAUUCUUGAACAAGAAGCGCCUACGCUGUCACGUGUCGUGACAUCUCGAGGCAGAGGUUUAGCCCGCGCAUCGCCCCAGGAAACAAAAACUGAACUCUCUACAGUGCCCGAGGCGAAGUCUGAUGACAAUGAAGUCAGUUCUUCACUAAAAGAAAUUUCCAGUCCAGUCGUCGCAGAUGUUCCCAUUGAUGCGCAGGAAAAAAGUGCUGCUGAGGUAGAAGAAGUGGCUCAGGCACUGACUGAGAUGUUGAAAAUUAACGCAAUCGAAAUAACCACCCCUCAAGACCUCAUCUCUCAAGCGGAAGAAGACUCUCAAGCUAAUGCCAUUGAACUUCCUUCAGAUGAUGGAGGCUUUCUGAAACCUGUGGAAGAAUCAUCAGAUCCAGUUUCCACCGUGGAUAUCGCUUCAGCAGACGACACUCCUGCUGCCACGAUUCCAGAGGAAGAACCUGAGCUCCAAAAGUCGGCAUCAGCCGCUGACGAAGCUGGUGAAAGUAUUUUGCCUCUCGGAACUGAGCCCACGCCUUCACAGACUGACGAACCUGCCCUCGACGCCACACGUGACGAAAUUCAACUUUAGCAUCUGACAAUGAAAUUUUUGUGCGAGUUUUGGAAAUGAACUAUUUAUAUAAUUUAUUAGAGCGAACGAGCGAACGAACGACCAAUAGUAAAAUAGGAAAGAGUUGAAAAGUGUAAGCAGUCAUGUUUAUUAUCUUAAAUAGCUGCUAUGCUCUGCUUGAAAAUUUUCAAUUUAUGUUCAUCAAAAUCGGGUCUAUUACCGUCUUCGUAAAAAGAAUGUCGUCAUAUUAACUUCCAUAUCAUUUUUCUCCGCUGAAUUUACAGUAAGUUGGAUAUUAAAAUAAAAAUAAUUCAACUUUCAGCCUACUUGUUCCACAAAGUGAAAAUUCUCUUAUAUAAAAAGAAUUCUCUCGUAUAUACCUAUUCUCUUACUCCGAAUAUGUGGCACAAAAUUUGUAAAGAUGUUUUAAAACGAAACGUAAUACUGAUUGAUCUAUGAAGGACAAAAAUUGCUUGUUGCUUUCUUAGGAGUUUUUAUUGCGCUGUUAUCAUGUUAGUUACCAACUCAACCACCAAAUUCUGCUCGAAAUAAAUAGCUUAACAAAUG